AUGAGACGGAGAAGCAGCGACGAGACGGAGAAGCGACGAGACGUGGGAGGCGACGAUACGUGGGAGGCGACGAUACGUGGGAGGCGACGAUACGUGGGAGGCGACGAUACGUGGGAGGCGACGAUACGUGGGAGGCGGCGAAACGUGGGAGGCGGCGAGACGUGGGAGGCGGCGAGACGUGGGGGCGGCGAUACGUGGGGGCGGCGAGACGUGGUGGCGGCGAGACGUGGUGGCGGCGAGACGUGGUGGCGGCGAGACGUGGAGGCGGCGAGUCGAAACGACAGCUCAACAAAGCUGCAGAGGGUAUAUAAAGACAAGUCAGCAUGGGACCGUCUCGUCGCCUCUCCGAAUCGUCGCCUCUACGUAUCGCCGCCUCCCCGUAUCGCCGCCUCUCCGUAUCGCCGUCUCCACCUCUCGCCGCCUCCAUGUCUCGCCGCCUGCACGUCUCGCCGCCUGCACGUCUCGCCGCCUCCCCGUAUCGCCGCCUCCCCGUCUCGCCGCCUCACCGUCUCGCCGCCUCCACGACUCGUCUCGCCGCCUCCCCGUCUCGCCGCCUCCCCGUCUCGCCGCCUCCCCGUCUCGCCGCCUCCACGACUCGUCUCGCCGCCUCCCCGUAUCGCCGCCUCCCCGUGUCGCCGCCUACCCGUCUCGCCGCCUCCACGACUCGUCUCGCCGCCUCCACGUCUCGCCGCCUCCCCGUCUCGCCGCCUCCCCGUCUCGCCGCCUCCACGUCUCGCCGCCUCCCCGUCUCGCCGCCUCCCCGUCUCGCCGCCUCCACGACUCGUCUCGCCGCCUCCACGUCUCGCCGCCUCCCCGUCUCGCCACCUCCCCGUCUCGCCGCCUCCACGACUCGUCUCGCCGCCUCCCCGUAUCGCCGCCUGCACGUCUCGCCGCCUCCCCGUCUCGCCGCCUCCACGACUCGUCUUGCCGCCUCCACGUCACGCCGCCUCCCCGUCUCGCCGCCUCCCCGUAUCGCCGCCUCCCCGUCUCGCCGCCUCCCCGUCUCGCCGCCUCCACGUCUCGCCGCCUCCACGUCUCGCCGCCUCCCCGUAUCGCCGUCUCCACGUCUCGCCGCCUCCCCGUAUCGCCGCCUCCCCGUAUCGCCGCCUCCCCGUCUCGCCGCCUCCCCGUCUCGCCACCUCCACGACUCGUCUCGCCGCCUCCACGUCUCGCCGCCUCCCCGUAUCGCCGCCUCCCCGUAUCGCCGCCUCCCCGUCUCGCCUCCCCGUAUCGCCGUCUCCACCUCUCGCCGCCUCCAUGUCUCGCCGCCUGCACGUCUCGCCGCCUCCACGUCUCGCCGCCUCCCCGUAUCGCCGCCUCCCCGUCUCGCCGCCUCCCCGUCUCGCCGCCUCCACGACUCGUCUCGCCGCCUCCACGUCUCGCCGCCUCCCCGUCUCGCCGCCUCCCCGUCUCGCCGCCUCCACGACUCGUCUCGCCGCCUCCACGUCUCGCCGCCUCCCCGUCUCGCCACCUCCCCGUCUCGCCGCCUCCACGACUCGUCUCGCCGCCUCCCCGUAUCGCCGCCUGCACGUCUCGCCGCCUCCCCGUCUCGCCGCCUCCACGACUCGUCUUGCCGCCUCCACGUCACGCCGCCUCCCCGUCUCGCCGCCUCCCCGUAUCGCCGCCUCCCCGUCUCGCCGCCUCCCCGUCUCGCCGCCUCCACGUCUCGCCGCCUCCACGUCUCGCCGCCUCCCCGUAUCGCCGUCUCCACGUCUCGCCGCCUCCCCGUAUCGCCGCCUCCCCGUAUCGCCGCCUCCCCGUCUCGCCGCCUCCCCGUCUCGCCACCUCCACGACUCGUCUCGCCGCCUCCACGUCUCGCCGCCUCCCCGUAUCGCCGCCUCCCCGUAUCGCCGCCUCCCCGUCUCGCCGCCUCCCCGUCUCGCCGCCUCCACGACUCGUCUCGCCGCCUCCCCGUCUCGAAGCCACCCCAUAUCGCCGCCUCCACGUCUCGAAGUCUCCACAUCUCGAAACCUCCACGUCUCGCCGCCUCCCCGUAUCGUCGCCUCCCCGUCUCGUCGCUUCCCCGUCACGACACUGUGCUGGCAGAGACUGUGCUGUGAAUCGUUCUUCCGCAAAUUACCGGAGACACUGAGUGUCGACUAUUGUGCCAAGAAAAGUUCUGACCUCACCAUCCAUUCACUAACACGUUCUGUAGGUGCCUUCGCGAAGAAUGCUGUGGAGUGCAAGACAAUAACAGAAAAAGUAGCUUCACAAACUUGA